CCGCUCCGCCCGGGCAGGCGGGGGUGUCACUUCCUCGGCGGCGCGGGGCCGGGCCGGGCCGGGCCGGGAUGGGCCGGUAGCGGCCAUGGAGCGGGCCGAGGGCCGGCCCGGCGCCCCCCAGUACGUGCAUGUGCAGCUGCAGGGGGGCGCGCCCUGGGGCUUCACGCUGCGCGGCGGGCUGGAGCACGGCGAGCCCCUCAUCGUCUCCAAGGUGGAAGACGGGGGCAAGGCCGCACUGUCCCGCCAGCUGCAGCCGGGCGACGAGCUGGUGAACAUCAGUGGGACGCCGCUGUAUGGGUCCCGCCAGGAGGCCCUGAUCCUCAUCAAGGGCUCCUACCGCACCCUGAAGAUGAUCGUCCGCAGGAGGAGCGUGCCCGUACUCCGGCCCCAUUCCUGGCACGUGGCCAAGCUCGCCGAAAGCCGCCCCGACGCCCCCGCCAUGCACUGCCCUGCUGACGCCUUCAGCCUCUCCUGGCCCUCGGGGUGUGAUGUCAGCGAGCUGUCCCUGCAGUGGAACCCGCUGUCCCGGCACUGCAGCACCGACCGGAGCAGCUCCAUCGGGAGCAUGGAGAGCCUGGACCAGCCCGGCCAGGCCUACUAUGAAGGGGACCCCUCGCCCGUUGACCAGGUCAUGUACCACAGCAAGCGGGACUCGGCCUACAGCUCCUUCUCCGCCAGCUCCAUCGCCUCUGACUGCGCCCUCUCCCUCCGUCCCGAGGAGCCUGCUUCCGCUGACUCCAGCCUCCAAGGCCCCUGCAAGCCCCCCGACGGGCGCUACCUGACCACAGGGGCUGAGCCGCCCACCAGCCGGCACCCCGAGGCCUGGCGGGCACCUGUGCCCCCCCAGCCCCCCAUCAGGAGGGACAGCCUGCGGGCAGCCCCGUCUGGUGGAGGGGACAGGCGCCAGGCAUCAGUGGCGUCAGACAUGCUGCAUGCCAAGGGCCGGUGGAUCUCCGACACCUUCCUCUGCCAGCGGGAUGGGGAGGUGGAGGCAAUGGGCGGGAGGGCGCCGGCGCUGUACCCCAUGAAGGACCAACUCUCUGCCAACCAGUAUUACAUGCUGAGCUCCCACCCAGACCGGUGCCCAGCCGAGACGCUCCUGGGGGAGAGCACAGAGCCGGGUGACCGGCUGUACCCGGAUAGCAGCAUGCACCGAGCGCCGGAUGCCAUGGCGGCAGGUGACAACCUGCUGCUCUCCCCACUCAAGGGCCAUGCGCCGCACCGGCACAGUGCUCCCGAGCAGCUGCUGGCCUCCCAGCUCCGCUCCCUACAGGUAGGCACUGUCAGUGAGCGAGCCUCGCCGGCCCCCGACGGGCACCGCUGGACCCUUUCCCCACUGCACCCUGAGGGCAGCCGGCCAGGGUCUGCAGGGGCCGCCCAGGACCCCCCGCUCUGCCCGGAGCCAUGCCACCGCCUGCCACCCUGCCGCUGCUGCCCCGAGCCGCAGCGAGCCUGUGGGCAGGACGGUCCGGGGUCCAGCCCGGCACGCAGCACCGAGGGGCCGGCGGAGGAAGAGGGCCGCGUGGGGGGCCGGCGGGCUGGGGGUGCUUCCCACCGCUCUGCUCAGAUGCGCCGCCGCAGCGACCGCUUUGCCACCAGCCUGCGCAACGAGAUCCAGCGGCGCAAGGCCCAGCUGCAGAAGAGCCGGGGUCCUGGCGCCCCGCCGCCUGGCGAGGAGCCGGUGGAGGAGGCAGACGAGCCUCCCGAGGGCAGCAUGCCGGCGGAGGGACCCCGCACCCCGGCCGAGCGUCUCAGCCCUGCUCCAAGCGAGGAUGGCAGGAACCAUGGCCGCUCAGGGGACCGGGGCAUCCCCACCCCUGACCCGCUGCCAGUCCCCAAAGGGCCCACGUCCCCCGAGAGGGCAGUACUGACAGGCCGGGGACGCUGGCGCUGGUCCCCGGAGCGCAAGCUGCAGCAGCAGUGCUCGCCCAGCCCCGCCGAGCUGGAGGGCUAUGGUCAGGGGCCGGUGGCCACCAGCUCCCCACCGCGGGGCAGCGACGAGGCCGUCCUCCUGCCCUUCGCCGACCGACGCCGGUUCUUCGAGGAGAGCAGCCGGUCUGUGCCGCCCCGGCAUGGCAAGCCCCCAGCAGGUGAUUCUGGUGCCUUCCAGCCUGCCGGCCCCGAGCGCCGGGACACCCGCCGCCUCUCCGUCGACCAGCCCUACAGCUCGCCCUCGCCCAGCCGCCCCAGCACCGCCAGCCCCUACGCUGAGUGCUGCCGGGAGCAGCCCCCUUGCUACAAGCCGCUGGGGAGGCCAGGGGAGCUGGAGUACCUGCGGGGCUUCUCCUACCCCUACGGAGGUCCCCCGCGCCCCGAGCCCUGCCACUACUGUGGGGGGGACCUGUGCCCCCCGCCGCUGCCCCGCAGCCAUGCCUGCCGCUGCCACCCCCAGCCCUGGGCACGCUGUCCCGACUGCUGCUGCCCAGCCCCCCGCCCUGGGCGGGAGGAGAGUGACGUCUGGCCCCCCCGCAGAGCUUUCGCCUCGGAAUUUCCUCUGGAUGAGUGGGAACCGCCGGCGAUAACCAGGAAAGCCAGCCAGUCCAUCAGCGAGCUCUCCCACUACCAACUGGGCUUCUCGAGGCUCGGCCCCUUCCGCCCCUGCUUUGAGAGCGCAGAGACGGAGUGGCCACCCUGCUACCGGGCCACGUCCACGCAUGACCUCUCAUGGGAUGGCGACCGCUUGGCCCGCUCGCCCGAGAGCCCCCCGGAGCCCCUCCACCGCCCACUGCGGGGCAGAGCCUUCUCUGAGAGCCACCUCAACCUGGAGCCUGCCAGCCCCCGGGGCCGCGACCGGAGGGACCUUCUCCGUGCCAAGCUGGACCCCCCCAGUGUCCCAAAAAAGAAAGGCCCCCCACCUCCCCGCCCACCUCCCCCCAACUGGGAGAAGUACAGGCAGCGCCGGACGUCCCAGCGCCUGCCAGAUGGAUCCGGGCACGGCUCUGCCUUCACCGCUGCCCCAGUGCCGACCCGCAGCAUCGCUGAGGCAAUCCGUGAGCGGUCGCAGAGCCUCACCGGGGAGCAGGGGGGCCGGUCCCGGGGCCAUGCCGCUCGCCCCCCUGCCCCACCAGGUGCCUGGCCCCGACCCGAGCCCCCCAGAUCCCUCCGCAGGACGCCUGAGCCCGAUGCUGGCAGCACUGAGAUUCGCAGAGCGGCAGGGGCCGGGGAGGAGCGGCCGAAGGCAAAGCACCUCUGGGAGAUGGAGGAGCAGCCCCAAAGGCUUGGCCGGAACCAGGAGCGGGGCUGGGCUGGCCCCCGUGGGGUGGGUGAGUGUUCCCUGCCCCUGCAUGGUGGUCCCGGCCCUGCCACCCCGGAGGCACCCAAGCCCAGUCCCGGAGCAGCGGAGGAUGUGAGCUGCCAGGGGGGCCAGCCCCAGCCCCGCCGUGUGGGCUCGGAGGAGCUGCUGUGGGACAUGGCAGGCAGGGACCACUCCCUGGCUGGCAUCCUGGCUCCCUCGGCCCCCCUCGGCCCUGCCACCCAGGUGAUGGGCGAGCUGCUGGUGGCAGGGGAGCGGCAGGCCUGGCGUGAGCGUUUCCAGCAGAAGUGGCACCUGGAGGCCCUGGCGCAGGACAGGCAGGGCUUCGAGCCCAUCUCACCGCCCCCCGGGAGCGCUGCCAGCUCCACCGCCUACCCGGCAUAUUACGGUGCAGCAGCUGGCAAAGCCGAGCCGCUCGGCAAGGUGAAGGAGCUGCCGGAGGUGAUGGAGGGGAGCUUGGAGGAUGAUGAGGAGGAGGAGGUGGACCGUGAGCUCAUGGAGAAGAAGCUGCAGCUGAUCGAGAGCCUGAGCCGUAAGCUGGCGGUGCUGCGGGAGGCACAGCGGGGGCUGCAGGAAGACAUCAGUGCUAACGGGGCACUGGGUGAGGACGUGGCUGCCCGCCUGCAAGCCCUCUGCACCCCGGGGGAGUUUGACAAGUACCGCCUCUUCGUGGGUGACCUGGACAAGGUGGUCAACCUCCUGCUCUCCCUCUCGGGGCGCCUGGCCCGCGUGGAGACUGCCCUGGACAGCCUGGGGCCGCAUGCCCCCGCAGAGGACAAGGUGGCCCUGCGGGAGAAGCAGCGGCUGCUGGCGGCGCAGCUGGAGGAUGCCAAGGAGUUGAAGGAGCACGUGGGGCGGCGGGAGGAGGCGGUGGGUGCCAUGGUGGCACGGUACCUGCCUGCCGAGCACCUCCAGGACUACCAACACUUCGUCAAGAUGAAGUCAGCCCUCAUUGCCGAGCAGCGCGAGCUGGAGGAGAAGAUCAAGCUGGGCCAGGAGCAGCUCCGCUGCCUGCGUGAGAGCCUUGGCCAGGCUCCCAAGGGCUGCUAGCCCCCUGCCCAGCCUCCCCCCAGGACCCUGGCCAUGGCCCCAGCUUGCUACCAAAGUGGAUCCGGCCGCUCGGGGGCUCUCCUCGCAUCUGUCUGUCUGUCCAGCCCCUGCCUUUUAUUUAUUUUUACUGUUUACCGAGCAGGGGAGGGAGUGCCAGUCCAGGCGCUGGCAGGGGGAUUCAUGCCACAGAGUUGCCCUGGGCUCUAUGGCCACCCCCCACCGGGGGCUCUAUGGCCACCCCCCACCAGAUGGACGGAUCCUGCCACCCCCCACCGGGUCUUUCUGUGCCCGCGGGAGUCCCUCUAGCUUGUCCUGGGCACCAGUGCCUGUCCCGCAGCUUGUGCUGCACCACGUGCCUUAAACGUCCCCCUGGCUGCCUGAGGGCAUCCCCAUGCAGCGUCUGGAAGGGUUAAACCAUCCUCGCCCUCCAUCAUGUCUGUUUGUCCAGCUCUGUCCAUCUGUCCGGUGGGAGCUGGAGGAAUUUUGGCCCCGGCAUCCUCUUCCUCUCCAUUGUGUCCGAAACAAUGGCCUUGGCCAGCGGGUCCUUAACCCGUUCCCCGCUGCACCAAGCCACUGGGGGGACUGAGGCGGAUGCUGGUGGGUGCUGUGCACCCCUCCCCUGGGGGGCACUGCAGCAGGUGCCCCUGGGAUGGUGCCCUGCCAGGGGAUGGGGUGCUGGGAGGUGUAAACUGGGGCCUGCAGGUGACCUCUGCCGCCCAUGCUGUGGGCACAGGGAUCACCUGGCCUCAUCCAGCCCUCGCUUCCAGCUUCUGCCUUGGCACUGCGGGGAGGGAUUAAUAGAGGAAAAGCCAUGCUAAGGAUGAAAUGGUGCACCUGUUCCCCUCCUCUGUGCUGCAGCAGCCCCAAAUAGCACUUGGACCUCGCCCUGACACCCUGCUGCUGCCCAUCUGUCCCCAUGGGGUGGGCAGGCACCUCGAUGCUGUGUUUGCACAGGGACUUCAUGCAACUGGGGGAAGCAUUUUUGGGGAGGCAGGGUGGGCCCCAGCCCCUUUGUGGGUGGCCACAGCCAGUCAGCCCAGCCCCAAGGUGCAGGCAGCCCCCAUGCCUGUCCUCUCGGCACCACAGCGGCCCUCCUGCCUGGCUGCUCCCCCCGUGCCCCUCCAGCCCAUUGAACACUACACCCCACACCUAGCUGACCUUACCCUGGGAUGGUGCCUGGCAGGAGUGGAGUCCCCUGUGUGCCCCAGUCUCAGCUGCCCCCUGUGCCUGCCUGGGGACUGCUAGGACCAAAGACUGCUCCCACUGGGAGCUGGGGGACAUGCUGCUCUCGGGGCAACCAGCAGCCCUCCCCAGCACUGGGGAAGGUGCUGGUGCCAGUGCCAGUGCCCGUGCCUUGCCUUGUGCCAUUGUGCCUCUCUCACACUAAAGGAGCAGCAGCAGCUGCACA